GUACGCAUGGCUGCUUUCCACCAGGGCAUUGGCAAGGUCAGUGUGCUUGUGUGUAUGGAAAAAUGACACCAAAAGUGAAUGUGGAUGUGCACUCAGGAGUUCCGUUUGAGGAUUUUUGAGUUUCUUCUUUAUUAUGUAGUUGUUAUUUUUAAGAGUAAUUAGCAAUUAAUUGAUCUGCAUACUGCGCGUGCAUUUGACACGGUCUGAGUUAUAGUAAAAAAUGCAACCUAAUGCUUCCUCAAACUAAUAAUAGAAUGACAAAAAAAUAGUUUGAGAGCAAAAAACAUGUACUGUACCUUUAUGUGGUUGAUUCUUACAGAUUGAAUGGAGAUGUGCAGAGAAAGGAGAAGGACUGCGAUUGUUUAUAGAUAAUGCUGAAAUGUUUGUCACUGUUGGUAACAGCUACACACAUAUGAUGCACCGUUAAAGGCUGAUCUGUUGUAUGAAACUGAAACUGAUAACCUCUCCUUUUUGUUUGUGCGAUAAAUUAUGUUUACCAGGUGUUGUGCACCUAGGAGAGAGAGACUUUGCUGUGCGCUGUAUUUCAGUGGAUCGCUGUGCAGCUUUGUACGCUGGUGGUCUGCAUGUGCUAGUGUGGCGUGUGGAAGGUCACAACCAGCUGGCAGCCAUGGUGGAAGUUCCCCAGACCUUUUACAACCGAACAGUGGGUCUCAUGGGCCUCUGGAGUACUAACCGCUCAGAUGACUUCCUCAUGUCUGAUGGCCGGCUGCUGUCUUCAACUAACCCUAACCCGCCCUCAGAAGACAUGCUGCAUCUUUUCGGGUUGUCCUGGGCAGUCCCACAACCAGAGAGCCUGCUGUUCUCCCCCCCUCCACUGGAUAUACUUGAACCAGUCUCCCUCAACAAACUGCUGGAGGGCUUCAGUCCUAAUGAGGUGGAGGACCUGAGGAGAACCUGCCAAGGCAGCAUGCAGUGUGUCCACGACAGUUUUGCUUCCAGCAACUCAGACCUGGGGCUUCAAACCCUGAAUGCUGAGAAACAAUACAAAAAUCGGGCCCUAAUUUAUGGCAAGACUUCUGUUAAUAUUUUGAGAAUAUUAAGUAAAAUGUGUCUUUGACUAUAUAUGAUGGGUUGUGUCUUUCUGUUCUGGUAGGCAAUACACCUCCAAUAGUGAC